CGGUGCCGGUGCCAGUGCCCGCGCCAGCGAAGCGGAGGAGGCCGGCGCCCUAGGCGGGGCAAAAUUCCUCCCAGCGCAGCGAGGACCGGAGGGCAAGGCCAGCGCGCGCCGGCGGGCUUGCGUCCGGGGCACAGACGCGACGGGCCCGCACGGGGCGGGGACCGCGCGCGGCUGCUGGGCCUGCGGCUGUGGGGCGGCCAAGAGCGCUGGCGACCACUGAAGAUCCUGGGGGCCUUCGGGGUCCGGGCUGCGCCUGUGCCCGCGGGAAGGCCGGGCGCUGCCCACACACAGCCCCUGCUCCAGGCCAGCUCCGCAGGGAGACUACCGGGGCGGUGGUAGGUGGGCGGGGCCGGGUCGGGGGCUGCCGUGGGCUGCCGACAGGCAGCGCGCAGGGCAGCCCUCGGCAGACGGCCAAUGGCGGCGGCGCUCUGGGCGCGGGGGGCGACUCGGCGCUUGUUGGCGGCGCUGCAAGGCCAGAGCCUACGGCUCGCGGCUGUGCCUCCGCCACUUGCCCCUUGGCUUUACACCUCCGCCGAAGCCUACGAACUUGCCAACCGGAAACAAAUGAGAACGAAUUUUGUUCAACUACAAAAGGCAGAUGUGAAAAAUAGUUGCAGAACAAUUCGGUGCCCGCCGCCGCCGCUCGCUGUGCUGAGGACGGACGGCGCUGCGGGCCCGGCUGCCUAUGGCGACUCCCUGUUCGCGCUUCACUCCAAGGGGAGCCCACAGAGAUUUUGGAGGAGUUAUUAAUAAAUUGUCUUUUUUUGGUGA